CCACGAUGCGAAGGGAGGGAAAGGAAAAGGACUCGACCUCAGAGCAGAGAGGUGGCAAUCAACCAGCUAGGCUAGCUCUGAGCCUAGAGAGACUGAUUCUUAGUCAUCAUAGAAUGGGCAAUAGCUUGAGGUGCUGCCUGGCUUGCGUGCUCCCCUGCGGCGCGCUGGACCUGAUCAGGAUCGUCCACCUCAGCGGCCGCGUCGAGGAGUACGGCCGGCCGGUCGCCGCCGGCGAGAUCCUCUCCGCUAACCCAAACCACGUGCUGAGCAAGCCGUGCUCGCAGGGCGUCGUGCGGAGGAUACUCAUCGUCUCCCCGGAGUCCGAGCUGGAGCGCGGCCAGAUAUACUUCCUCAUCCCGGCGUCCUCGGUGCCGGCCGAGAGGAAGAAGAAGACCGGCUCGGCUGCCGACUCGCAAGGCACCCAGAAGACACCGUCGGCGGCGAACCCUGGCCACGGCGGCAAGACCCGUAGCCAUGUCAGAAGCAAGCCGCCGUCAGAUCACGGCAGUGGCCGUGAUGUGCAGUCGGAGAAGAGGUCGUUGCACCGGCGACGAGUGAGCACCGGCGGCCGGACCGUCGUGUGGAGGCCACACCUCGAGUGCAUCGUGGAGGGCACUUGAUAGUUCACUACCUAGUUAAUUUUUGUUCUUUCUUUUUCUUUUUCUUUGGCAUGGGUGUCAUUUUUCUCUCUUGUGCGCAUGGUUAAUGUGUAUGCUUCCUGGUGACCCUUUUUGUAAGUGUACAUCCAUGUAAUGUUUUUCCCUUCCUGCAUAUAUAUGAUGGACAUGGAGAGGGAAGGUUCUGAA